AUGGCGCCGGCCGAGAUGUUGUCGCUGUGCUUGUUGGUGGUGCUGGCGGCGGCUUCGGCCUCCGCUCAGGAGAUCAACAACCGCUUCCCAGACGGCUUCAUGCUGGGCUACGCCACGGCCGCCUACCAAGUGGAGGGCGCCUGGAACGAGGAUGGCAAGGGCGAGAGCAUCUGGGACCACAUGCUGCACGAGCACCCAGAGUGGGGCUGGAACGGCCAGAACGGCGACGUGGCCUGCGACUCGUACCACAAGUACGCCGACGACGUGGAGUGCCUCGUGAACGCCUCGGCCGACGCGUACCGGUUCUCCAUCUCAUGGCCGCGGAUACUACCGACUGGAGACCUUGACAACAUCAACCAGGCCGGCAUCGACUACUACAACAACCUCAUCAACCUGCUGCUCGCCAACAACAUCCAGCCUCUGGUGACGAUGUACCACUGGGACCUGCCGCAGGCGCUGCAGUACAUCGGAGGCUGGCCCAACCCCAUCAUGGCGGACUACUUCGUCGAGUACGCCAGACUGCUCUUCGACACCUACGGCGACAGGGUAAAGUGGUGGAUCACGUUCAACGAACCGUCGGUGUUCGCAGGCGGCUACGCCAGCACGGGUGGCCAGGCACCGGCGCAGAACGCCGUCGGAAUCGGCGACUACCUCACCUACUACACCGUCAUCAACGCGCACGCGCGCGUCUGGCACCUCUACAACGACACGUACAGGGCCACGCAGCAAGGCUACGUGGGCAUCACGCUCAACAGCGACUGGGCCGAGCCGCUCAACGCGUCAAGUCCCACCGACCAGGAGGCUUCUGAGAGGAGUCUGCAGUUUGGGCUCGGCGCCUUCGGACACGCCCUGUUCACGGCGGAGGGCGACUGGCCGCCCGUCAUGAGGGAGCGCAUAGACGCCAACAGCGCCGCCGAGGGCCGGCCCCGCUCACGGCUGCCAACGUUCACGCAGCAGGAGAUUGAGUACAACAGGGGAACGACGGACUUCAUCGGCAUCAACACGUACGGAACCGGUCUGGUGACGUUGGGCGAGACGGGAAGCAUUCCGUCCUUCGCUCACGACCAGGGCGUCAUCGCGUCCAGGGAUCCUUCCUGGGUUGUCGGCUCCAGCGGCUACGUCUACAUGGUGCCAUGGGGAUUCAGGAAGCUGAUGAACUGGGUAUCCAACACGUACCCGCAGUACCCCAUCAUCGUGACUGAGAACGGCUUCAGCGACCUGGGCGAAACGCAGGACGACCAGCGUAUAAGUUACCACGGCCACUACUUGGCGGAGCUACUCAAUGCAAUCAAUAUUGACGGAAAUAACGUGAUUGGGUACAUGGCGUGGAGUAUUAUUGAUAAUCUUGAGUGGGGUCAGGGUUUCAGGCCAAGGUGGGGAGUUUUUAAAGUGGACACUGACGAUCCAAACCUACCCAGAAGCCCGAAGGCAUCGUCAGAGUUCAUGGGCAACAUUUAUACGACCAGGACUGUGCCCUUGGAGUAUUUCAACAGCACUCGAACGACAUGAUGUUCAUAAACUGGUCCAUGUUUAUACUGUCAAUUUUGUACUCUGUAUUAACACUGUAAUAAAUUCUUUUAAAAACCUGUA